AUGGCGAGUGUGCUGUCCAGGCGCCUGGGGAAGCGCUCCCUGCUUGGCACCCGCGUUUCUGCCCCUGGCGCCUUGGCCGAGGGGGUGCUGGUGGCCUCCCAGAUCCCCAGCCUGCAGGCUGACCUCAGCCGGGUGUCUGCCCACGCGAUGCCACGAGAGGAUGGACCCUGCGUGCCAUCGGUGGAGGAGGGCAGCCAGGCACCCAGGAUCCCCAGCCCCAACCACCAGCAGCUCUGUGCCGGGCAGCAGGUCCUCGUCACUUACAACGGGCAGGAGUGCACCAGCCUCGUGGAUCAGCACAACCCACUGAGUGACAAGGUGAAGGUGCUGCUGCCAGAGCAGGGCUUCCAGACCUGCUGGAGGGUGCAGGAUGUGCCCGAGGCACUGCAGAGAUCUGUCUCCAGCAAUAUUGAUGUACCCAAGAGGAAAGCUGAUGCCACAGUGGAGAUGGAUGAGAUGGUGGCAGCCAUGGUGCUGACGAGCCUCUCCUGCAGCCCUGUGGUGCAGAGCCCUCCCGCUGGCGAGAGCGGCAUCCCCUCCUCACGGGCAGCCUGCGAUCCUUGGAAGGAGAGCGGUGACAUCUCGGACAGUGGCAGCAGCACCACCAGUGGGCACUGGAGUGGGGGCAGUGACAUCUCCACCCCUUCGCCCCCCCACCCUGCCGGUAGCCCCAAGUACUCCAUCGAGGCCCUGAGCUCCCCCCAAGCAGACGAUGGCUUCGAGACCGACUCUGACCCCUUUCUCCUUGACGAACCCGCUCCACGCAAGAGAAAGAACUCUGUGAAGGUGAUGUACAAGUGCCUGUGGCCGAGCUGCGGCAAGGUUCUGCGCUCCAUCGUUGGCAUCAAGCGGCACGUCAAGACCCAGCACCUUGGGGAUGGUGCAGACUCGGACCAGCGGAAGCGGGAGGAGGAUUUCUACUACACUGAAGUGCAGGUGAAGGAAGAGCCGGUGCCAGAGGCUGCUGCCACCAGCCCCACAUCUGCAUCCGCCCCCAUCAUCAUCCAGCAAUCCCUGGCGAAGCCGGAGGCGCUCCUGGUGGAGCAACCAGCACUAGAGCCCACCCUGGCCAGCAGUGCCCUGAGCCAGUCUGCCCCCGGCUCCUUCUGGCACAUCCAGGCUGAUCAUGCCUACCAGGCAUUGCCCUCGAUUCAAAUUCCAGUGUCCCCCCACAUCUUCACCAGCAUCAGCUGGGCCACUGCCACCUCGACUCUCCCAUCCCUUUCACCGGUGCGGAGCCGGUCGCUCAGCUUCAGUGAACCCCAGCCACCAACACCCAUGCUCAAGUCCCACCUGAUCGUCGCCUCACCCCCCAGGGUGUCCAUCGGCACCAGGAAAGUCCGCGGUGAAGCCAAAAAGUGCCGUAAGGUUUAUGGCAUCGAGCACCGGGACCAAUGGUGCACGGCCUGCCGGUGGAAAAAAGCCUGCCAGCGCUUCCUGGACUGA